AUGAGAUUGAGGAUUCGAAAUCAAGAUAAAGUUCAUAUUAUUAAUGAUUUAACCGCCACGUCAACUGUGUUUGAACUAAAAAGCGCAAUUCAUGCGUUAAGUGGAAUUAAUCCUCAUCGACAAGAACGAUAUCCACCACGAGUCUGUGGUGCGAGAGACGAUGAAACCCUAUCCUCCGCAGGUAUUCAAAAUGGAGACCAAAUUAUUCUUAGUGAAAAUGCCCUACCAGAAACAACUAGCCAACCUGUUGAUAAGAUUGCUAGUUCUUCAGGGGCGGAAAUUGUAUCAGUUCCUGUAGAAAGUGGAUCAGUUAUUUUAAGAGAAAUGGAAGAUGAUAAUUCAUGCUUAUUUCGUGCAAUCGAUUAUGACUCAGUCGCUCUAACUCCAAUAAUUGGUGCUGACCAAGAAUACGAUCAAACAGUCUUUAACACGUCAGAUGAAUACAUUUUAAAUGCGGUAAUCAAGAUUGCCGAGAAAAUGAAACAGUUGCGUAAAUACACGUACACUGCUGAUUUCACUAUACGUUGCGGGCAAUGCCAAAAAGGUUUGAAAGGAGAACAAGAAGCUAUACAACAUGCACGAGAAACAGGUCACACUUCUUUUACCGAGUAUGAUGGAUAA